AUGGCAACGCUCGGGCUGCUGCUGCUGGCUUCCUGGGCUCUCACUGGGACUCUGCAGCUGCAGGCGGAGGCCAGGCCAGCGCCCUACGGGGUGAAGCUGUGUGGCCGCGAGUUCAUCCGAGCGGUCAUCUUCACCUGUGGGGGCUCACGAUGGCGCCGGGCAGACAUCUUGGCCCACGACUCUCUGGGGGACUUCUUCCCGGAUGCAGAAGCCAACACGGACCACUUGGCCAGCGAACUGGACGAAGCUGUGGGCUCCAGCGAGUGGCUAGCCCUGACCAAAUCCCCCCAGGCCUUCUAUGGUAGUCGACCCAGCUGGCAAGGGUCGCCUGGAGCGGUUAGGGGCAGCAGAGAUGUCCUGGCUGGCCUUUCCAGCAGCUGCUGCGAGUGGGGCUGUAGCAAGAGCCAAAUUAGCAGCUUGUGCUAG